AUGUCAGGUGUUAAUGAUUGGAACGAAUCUUUAUUUGGUUGUUUUGAUGAUUGGGGUUCAUGUUGUUAUGGAACAUGGUGUACACCAUGUUUAUUUGGUUCAAAUGCAGAAAAAAUUAGCGAUCAUCAUUGUGUUGGAAUGUGUUGUUUAUAUUCAAUUUUAGCAGGUUGUUAUCUUUGUUGGUUACCCCAUUGGUUCGAACGUGAUCAAUUACGUAAAAAUUAUGAUUUAAGACCUAAUCCAGCAUGUGGAGAUGCCUUAACAACAAUAUGUUGUAGUGCAUGUGCACUUUGUCAAGAAGCUCGAGAACUAAAAUCAAGAGCACGAAGUCGUGAUAUAUACAGAACAAAUGGUCCAACUGUAGUUACUCAACCAGCCCCAGGCUCACGAGUUGUUUUUCCUGAUGUAUUUCGAGCUUGA